AUGGAAGAAACUACAGGAAUGGACUUGGAAUGUGGGAAGAAGGCAGGAGAGAUCAAGUCCGUUCCAGAAGGGACACGAAAACAGACGUGUCAUAUUUUGGACUCCCAAAUCCACGCUCCUGGUGCGCGCAAAGCUACCCUAACGAGCGUUGGGUGGGUGGCCGCCGGGAUGUUGGGGAGGGGUAGAGCACGCUUUUUUUACCUGACGGUCUCCCACGGCCUCUCGCGUUUCCGCUCCUUCUUCUUCGCUUCGUUUUUAUCCUUCGCCGCUCGGCCACUUUUUAAAACGGCCCCUGUGGUCGACCAAGUGGCAAGUGGACUACAUGUGGCCUCCAGCAUCCUUGGCAUGCGAGACAAGGGCCAGCCUCUUGGAAUCUUGAAAGAUACAAAGUAUUACGCCCUCCUCAGCCUCCCUAUCCCGACGCAUGCAAACAGCCCUACGACGAAUUGGGAUGAAAAACGGAGUCAAAGACGGCGUGACUUCCCUGGAGCCAUCGUUUUCAGCACCACGUUUGGGCAUUGA